AUGCGGGGAGGCAUUUCUGAAGAACAGCACCUCUUCAGGUCUCUGCGUGUGCUGCUGCUCCUGAAGACCAAACUGUGCAGAGAGACCUCCUCUCUCUGCGCCGAGGAGCGGAGCAGAUUACAGUCUCAGCUCCGGUCUGAGCUCCUGUCCGUUGUGUCCAAUGCUGCUGACCUGUUUAACGCUGUCCACUGGAUGCCUCCUGGGUUCCUUUGGGCCGGACGGUUCCCAGAUUGGACCGUGGGGCUCCUGGGCUCCAUCUCCUCUGUGAUUGACCAAAACAUGGACCCAGAUCCCACAGUCCCAGCCUCCCCCAGUGGAUCUCCUUUCCCCCCCUCUGACGGGUACGAGGAGCCGGACUCGUUCGACCCGCUGGAGCCCCCUCCCCUGGACUGGAGGUCUGACUCUUCCGUCGACGGAGGCUACGACGACGAUCUCAAGGACUUCGUUGACGGUUUGGAUAAGACUAGCCCGGAUCCUCCAGAGCACGGAGCAAACAGAGACCCAACCCAAGAAGAUGGAACGGAAAAGCUAAAAGUUUUGGCCAAUUUUGAAGGCGUUUACGAAGACGCUUUGAACAAGGCUAGCCCAGGUCCUUCACAUGAAUCUCCCUUAGACCCAACGGAACAGAAUGGUGUGGUGGCAGACGAGGACCACAGUCGCAUCCAAAGCCUCCUGAGCCAGCUCCAGUUGAGAAAGGAGGAAGAGGAGGAGUCUUACCCCACGGCGAGCACUCCAUCACGGACUGCGCAGUGCCCGGCUCGAGCCUCCUCUCCGGAAGCGGACGAAACCACAGGACUGCUGUUUUCAGAGGACCAUCAGCGUGACGCGGUGGAGCUGUUGCAGGCCUCAGCUGUGCCUCCUCUCUCUGGGGACGUGGAUGCGGUGGUGUCGGUGUCGUACAACCAGGACGACACGCGCAAGUUCUGGGGCCGUUACGACAAAGCUCCAGCUCAUACCCAGAGGCAGGACUCUCUCUGCUCUCAGCCCGACGACGAGGAGCCGGAGCCGGUGUGGAUGAAGCUGGGGGAGGAGCCUCCAGACCAGGAUCCAGAGACUCAGGAGGAGGCUGAACCCUCAUAUAAAGACGUCCCUGGACCCUGUGACCCAGAGGACCUGCUGGACGGAGUCAUCUUUGGGGCCAAAUAUCUGGGCUCCACACAGAUCCGCUCUGACCGUAACCCGUCCACCAACGCCCGCAUGAGCCAGGCCCAGGAGGCUGUGGACCGCAUCAAGGCUCCAGAGGGAGAGUCUCAGCCCAUGACUGAAGUGGAUCUGUUCAUCUCCACCAAGAGGAUCAAAGUGCUGACUGCAGACACACAGGAGGCCAUGAUGGACCACCCUCUGCAGAUGAUCUCCUACAUCGCAGACAUGGAGCAGGUGGUGGUGCUCAUGGCCCGGAGGAAACGCAAAGGAGCCGAGACGGAGGAGAAGAAGAAGUGCCUGAUGAUUUGCCAUGUGUUCACCUCGGACGACGCCCAGGUGAUCGCCCAGGCCAUAGGACAGGCCUUUGGAGUGGCCUACCAGCAGUUCCUCCUGGUGAACGGGAUCAAAGCCAGUGACCUGAAGCCCGGAGAGUACAGCCACUACCUGGAGAGUCAGGAGCUGUACAACGGGGAGCUGGCCCACUUCUGCGACGCCCAGAACAUCAAAGAGGUGGCUAUCACCAAGCCCCCUGGGGAGAUGCUGGGGUUGGCAGUGGUGGAGUCGGGCUGGGGCUCCAUCCUCCCCACGGUGGUGGUGGCCAACAUGCUCCACGGAGGUCCUGCCGAGCGCUGCGGAGAGCUGAGCAUCGGAGACCGCAUCAUGAGCGUGAACGGGACCAGUUUGGUGGGUCUGCCCAUCAGCACCUGCCACAACAUCAUCAAGGAUCUGAAGAGCCAGAAGUACGUGAAGCUGAGUCUGGUGCACUGUCCGCCUGUGACCAUGGCCAUCAUCAGGAGACCAGAGCCCAAGUACCAGCUGGGCUUCAGCGUGGAGGACGGCAUUAUCUGCAGUCUGAUGCGGGGGGGCAUCGCAGAGAGGGGGGGGAUCCGGGUCGGUCACCGCAUCAUCGAGAUCAACGGGCAGAGUGUGGUGGCCACGACCCACGACAAGAUCAUCCAGACCCUGAGUACAGCUGUGGGAGAGAUCCACUUGAAGACGAUGCCCGCCUCCACCUACCGCCUGCUCACGGGACAGGAGCAGCCCGUGUAUCUGUGA